AUGGAGGGGGUUAUUAAAUGUAACGUGGAUGCUAGUUUCUCUAAGGAUGCAAUGAUAGUUGGUGGUGGUGUUGUGUUUAGAGAUUCUUAUGGAGACAUUGUCUGGGUUGUGGUCUUUAAACCUUUUCCUUCUUCAUCGACUUUGGUGGCGAAAACUUUUUGCUUUCAAAAGGCAAUUUGUUGGGCGCAGGAGUUUAAUUUCCUGGCUAUGUUAUUUGAAUUGGAUGCUAAGAUUGUUCUUGAUGUCUUGUCUGGUUUGUAUGCAUUCCCCAUUAAGAUUGCUUCAUUGACUUAUGACAUUUCCUUAAUGUUGAACUCUUUUCCAAGGUAUUCAGUGAGUUAUAUUCGAUGGGAUGAAAACAGAGUUGCUCAUUUUCUUGCAUUUAUGUCAAAUGGUGCUUUGGGCGCGGAUUGGAUUCUUUCCUAUUACCCUCCAGAGCUCUUGCGGUUGAUGGAAUUAGACAGGAUUGCAGCUGGUUGUUAG